AAAAUGUGCAGCAAUGUUGAAUCUAUAUCGUCGUAAAAAUCAUGAAGAUUACUUUUAUAUUAGCCGGUGGGUUGGCCACUUUUGGCCAAUUGGCCGUGGCAAGUGUCGACUGGCUCCCGGCGCCUGCGCAAAAUGAUAUAAUAGGGCCGUCCAUGGAAGAUGUCGAUGUACGUCGGUUUGAAAGAUGGAUUUCGGAUCGGCUUAUUAUUCGUGAAUACGGCAGAUUCCAUAUGCUAAACCAAGACAACGGAAGAUUGGUACGAUUAGGAACUACUCUCAUACCAAGAGAUGUUGAGAUUAUGUUACAUCUCAUCAAUUCACCUAUUUUGCAUGAUUCUAUGUUUGACCCUAUGGCGUUUUCAACGGGGAUAUUACCGCAUUUCCAAAUGAUAGGAUUCCCGCAUCGACUCACAAUAGGAGGACCGUCAUAUACAUUGGCAGUGGCAUUGUUAGAAAAUAAUCCACAACGUUUGAAACACUACAAAGAGUUCAAACGAGAUGAAACAUCAUGGCCAACAUAUAUCGAUAACGAAGCCGCAUAUACAUAUCUAUGGAGAAUGUUGGCAGAUCAGGUUUCUGUAAAACGCAAUCGUGUAGAUGGAAACCCAAAAAAGAUUAUUAAAAAUAUGAAGUAUCUAUAUCGCAAUGACCGAAAUGAACUGAUGCUUUAUAAAUACCGCAUAAGAUUGAAUAGGGAAAAGCAUUACAAAUUUGUAGCAAUGAUAUCGCAGUGGUCCGUUCGCAAGUUACCAGUGAAUCGAAAAUACCUAGAGUUGCUAGAUAAAUUACUAAUAAACCAUGAUAGAUCAGCUUAUGCGGAGGAACUCUUUGAAAAUAUAGGACAUUUUUCUAAAUACGUCAAUUAUCAUGGCAAUACUGGAGCUCCAUCAACUGAGGAAAUAUUGGCAUUACCGCUGCUGAAGCCCAAGCUGACAAAAGAUGAAAGCCUGGAUAUAGAGGUGCAGUGUAUAUCAAAUGUUACUAUCAAACUAGCCCACAAUCUACUGGCAAAUAUGUUAGAAAAACAUGCUGUACCGGCCUUCAAGUCUUUGCGAAAUCGAAAGCGGCUGCACAGAAUACGUGGCGUAACUGGAGUAACCAGACAUUUACGAAUUACGAUCAAUGAUUACCUAGAAACAUCUCCCAAAGUGGCGGUGUUUGAACUCAACACGUCUCCAGAGGAACGAGAGGAAAUUGAAGAGAUGCUAUUCGAAUCAAGCUACAGCUUCCACCCAUAUUGGAAUAUGAAAAAUGAUACUUUGUACAAUAAAUCAGCGGAUAUCAUGCUACUGGAUGAUACACAACAAUUGAAUUUGUUAUUCGAUGCGGAACGCGUUUUCCGUAAACUAUUGAAUAUAAAUGCGCGACACGUCGACUUCAAAUUUUUACAUGAUGUUCUUCACAGACUCACUGCUCCACAAACACCAUCACAACAGCUGUUCCCACGUAGUCCAUUGGAUACGUGCAGAGCGGUCCAGACAUUAGCGGAAAAGGUAGAGGAACAGUAUCUCUCGCUUUCAUCCUUUGUACGUGAUAAAUUGGUGGCGAAGUGCCGUUGCCUGCUAGCAUUCUUAUAUCUCUUUGGAGUGCCUGACGAAUCCGGGAAUCUAGAAAUACCUGGAGGGUGGCCUCGUAAUAUAGCAAGCAGCUUGAGCUAUAUGACAGAAGGUGUAGGUGCGUCAUGUGGAUUGUGCAAUGCCGUUUUGGGAUUUUUGUCAGCCAUAGGGUACCCUCCCGUAGCUAAUAACAUGUAUGCAUGGGAAACGCGUAACACGCAUGGUGAGUCCACCGUGUACCAGAUGCUGGUGACUUCCAAAGGAUCGAAGCGCCAGAAGCAUACCGAAUAUUUUGACAAGAUACUACUGAGUUAUUUAAGUGGACACUACAAAUAUGACGAUGCUUCCAAUCUUGCAAUGAGCUACUACAUAUACAGCGGAAUCGGAAACCCUUCACGAAUCCUAGAUGACUCUCUUCCCAGUAGCGGAAUUGAGAGGAUCCCCAAAUCUAUCGGGAGCAAAUGUAUAGACGCACUCCCUUACGUCAUUGAAGCUGCAAAGUCGGCCAUGCGUACAAAGAAUCAAUCGUAUAACGGAGAUGGAGCUGAUGAAUUUAGAUCACGAAAAUAUGCUGAGUUCGUCAAAAAACUUGCAAACAUGGGCGAUGUUGAUGGACUACGUGUCAUGGGAGACUUCCAUUAUGUAGGACAUGAAGCUGGUAACAUAAGCGUGAAUGUACCAAGAGCCUUGGAAUAUUGGUCUAGGGCAGCGCAAAACGGCGAUGUGACAUCUGCACUAACAAUGGCAACACAUUUGAUCGAUAUGCUAAACCAAAUCCCAAGGCGAGAUGUUGAUUAUGGCGACAUGGAAGAUGCACCGAUUGCCACAGCUCACUACAAUUUAAAUCCCAAUGAUCGAGCACAUCUAGAAUCGGCGGCAGAACGUUACUUGCGUAUCGCAGCAAACUCUAAUAAUGCGUUGGCAUCAGCAACAGCACGAUUUUACAUGACACGAUACGGAUUAGGAACGCAAAGAGACCCUAUAGCAGCAGCAAGGUACCUACAGGAAGCAGCUGAUCGUGGUGACAUCGCAUCGCAAAUAUUAAUGGGACAUGCAUACGCAGGUAUGCUGAACGACAUAACACCUCCAGACGGUAAAAAUGUGUUCACAGCAUUGGAAUAUUAUAGGCGUGCUGCAAAAGGCGGUAACCUAGUUGCUAUAUUCAACACAGCGGUGCUUACACUACAUGGAUAUGACUUGAAGUUCAAUUCAUCAGUUGAAAGAUGCAAAGCAUCAUUCUCUCUGUUCCAGAAAGUAGGGCGUUAUUCAUUACUACCGUCGGUUGUGAGAAUCUUGUCAAAACGCGCUAAAAGAGUUGGUGAUGAUAUAGGUCAUACUUUGCUUAACAUGUUUCUCUCGGAAAUGGGUGACCCAGACGCUCAUAUAGCAGCGGCGAAGCAUUUUAAGUACAAUAAUAGACUCUGUUAUGUCGACAAGACGCUAUCGCCGCUAAGGAGUCAGAUGAAUUCAUAUACACCAGAUGGCACCUUGAUCCAGGGGGCAGGUAAUGACCAUGAAAAUGAACAAAACAACGGCAAUGAGAGUACACAAAGAGGGAUACUACACGCUGUUACACACGAAACCGAUUCCCCAGGCACCUCUCUAUGCCAUCUAUACUAUGCACGUAGAAGUGCUCAUGAAGUAAGUGGAGGGUCACCUCUACUGCUUGCGGAAGCGCUUCUAGAGCGUGACCCUAAGCAAUCAGCAGAAUGGAUGCUUGAGGCCAAAGUGAGAAAUGAAAACAAGGCAACUUACUUGUAUGCCAUGAUGCUUGAAGCUGGUGCGGGGGUGAAGCAAGAUUGUGCUGCUUCAUAUGACUACUACACUUCUAUGGUCUACUCAAGGGACUACAGGAAUAAACUGUUGGGGUUCCUGUGUAUACAAAGAACGCGAAUUACACGCUGGCUACACGGAUAUACCGACUUGUACAAAUGGUUCGUGGUUAAUUUUUACGACACACCCAUAGUAAACCACCUGCAACAGAAGGGAUAUGAGCCCUGCUCUUUUGCAAUGCCUGAGUUUCCUAAUAUCGCAAAUACAAAGGAGAUAGUUAUCACCACGCUAUUCGUCCUGGUUGUAUCUCUGUUAGGGUCUAUAUACCUAAAGGCUCGCUAAGCUGUAACCAACUACGAAGCGACCAAUCACUGACACUUUAAACAGCGUUAAUUA